GUCCAAAACGAUCACCCAACCAAUCUCGACGAAGCGACAACGGAUAGACAUACGGGAAAAUUGCGAUCCUCACCGUCGACGAGAGGACCGGGAGAGAAGAAAGUUAUAGCGGCGACCAAUUCUUGAAGGGCUUUGACGGGCUUUGCGCAUCAGGAUCAGACACCCACCCACCCACGCGGAGACAGCUCCCGCCGCUACCACCAUGCAGCCCUCCCCGAUUCUUCGCGUCCUCAACUACAGGCAUCUUCGCCUGACUACGAAGGAUGUCAACAAGGGUUUCUACAAGGGCAACCGGACGGGUGCCAUGGGAAGGCACACGCGGUUCGGUGGCUACCAGAUUGAGUGGAAUAGAGUGCGGACCUAUGUGGUCCCGGAGAGGUUGAGGGAUCCCGAAUUCAAGCUUACCCCCUUCGUCGGCAAGACCAUCCACCCCGAACGCGGCCGGUACGAGACCAAGGCAGGCCCCAAGGACCCUGCGCUGUAUCUGGAGACAUGGAAGAUGCAGAACGGGAAAUACUAGAGGAACAUUAUUUGGGCGUUCGGUGGUCGCGCAGCAGGAUUAGGAUUGGAUUCGAAACCGGAUGGGGAAUAUAUAACCGAGGCUGUUGUGUCGCAACCUCGUCCCUCGGUCUCGUCGCGAAAAUGCUGGCGUUGACAAGCAAAGAGCAGCAUAGGCCGUGCCCCCUCGGUGGUUUUUAUGUUGACCAUUUGUAGCAACAUCUGACUGGGAAUCGUGCUGGAGGAAGUCGAAUUGUAUAUAACCCCCCUAUCAACUGUACUUCUUCAUGUAUACUAGACCGUUACAUUCAAUCAAUUGGUUCAAUACCAGGGGGGC